GGGAAGGCGACGUCUGGGAGAGACCAUGAGCCCAGCGGGGGAAACCAGCCCUGGAAGUGCAGCCCCUGCAGAGAAGAGGGGAUGCUGCCCCUGGAUGAGCCCCUGGGUCAUUGCUGUGAUCUCCAUCCUGAUCCUCAGUGCCUGUUUCAUCUCCAGCAUCCUCGUUACCUGGCGUUGGGACACUAGGACAUGGCACAAAGAGCAAGAGAAACUGUCUUGGCUGCGCCAGUAUCUGAAGGAAAAAACUUGUGUUUCAGAUGGUCAGGAAGGGAAAGAGCAAGUCUGGAUGUGCUGUCCUGAGGGCUGGGAGCCCUUUCAGGCCAGCUGCUACUACUUCUCUAAAGACUUUAUGACCUGGGAUGACAGUGAGAGGAACUGCACAGGGAUGGGCUCCCACCUGGUGGUAAUCAACACAGAAGCUGAGCAGGAUUUCAUCUUCAUUCAGGUAAAUGGAACAGUUAUAGGCAGCGAAGGAAGGAAUUACUGUAUUGGUCUGACUGAUAAGGAGAAGAAAGGCCAGUGGCGCUGGGUGGAUGAGACUCCAUAUAACGAUACUGCAGCGUUCUGGAGACCUGGGGAACCCAAUAAUGAGCCCAGUGAGUACUGUGCUGUCAUGCAUGUGGAGGCAAAACAAACCAAACAUGGAAACAGGAAUUGGAAUGACAUCGCAUGUUUCAAAGUAUAUAAUCGAAUUUGUGAAACUGCAGCACUUAUAUUUUGAAGAAACCCUGUCCUGGACAUGAAGCUAAGAGUCAGCACAUCUCUCGCUUGGGUCAGCUCACAGAGACAUCUGGCAGGAGGGUUUGGAUCAGCCCUCGGCUGUCAUGACAUUGGGUGUAGGCAGUGGAGGAUGAUGCUGGGGCCCAAACUCACUCACUAGAUCAAUUUUGGAAACAUUUGAAAACUGCUGAAAAUAUCUAAUGUGGAACAAGCCAAAGUACAGUGAGCUCUGCCUGUGAUGUCAUUGAAGCUCCCAGGAGACUGGUAGAAGAGGCAGGCUGGGAAAGGCAGGAUCAGUGGGUUUGCUCUGGGAAAUAUUGAAAGGGGGUUUCCUGUUCAUAUUAACCCUGCCAGUCCUGCUCCAGGUAACAACUUACCAGGAAUAAGGUCCUAUCCAUGCUGCAAAAAUAACUAGGUCUGAUCUUCUUUCCUCUUGACUAUCCUACAACUCAACUUCCCCUUGAAACAGAAAUGGGGCUUUGUCCAUGUCCCUGUGCAAUGCUAAAACCCUUAAAUGGUCCAACGCUUUAACGUCACUCAGGGACAAGGGGUUGUCUACAUUGGAAUUGGACUGACUGAACUACAUAGGUUUACAAACAGUUUAGUUCCAUUGGUGCAACCCCCCUGUAUGGAGGCUUUUAUUGUGAUUUAGGACUGAUGCUUUAUACCCAGUCAGUGAGAAAUCACCUAACCUAAAUUACUGUAGGGCUCCUUUAUACAGAAACAAGAGUGUUCGCAGGGAGGGGCUUGCACCAAUUUAACCCAGUCAGCAUUGUAACAAAGAGGCAUGGCCUCCCUCAGAUUGACAGCAAGGGACGGCCAAACACCGCCAGUGGGUGGAACCAGAAAGGCCACACCCACCAUGCCAGAAGCAGAGGGGGGUGACACAGGGACAGAAAGUAUAAAAGGCAGGCCUUGCAGCUCAGUUUGGCUGGAGCUGCUGAGGGAGACAGAUGCCUCUGCCCUGCUGCUGGGUGAGGAGCAGCUAUCUGCUGUCCUGAGGACUCUUCUGAGCUGCCAGAUGCAGCCAACCCUGAGGAGCUGCUGGAAUUGCCACUGGCAGUGUAUUCUGGGGAGAUGGAGAUUGACCCUGGGACUCAGGAACAUCUGGAGGGGUGGAAGUAACCUGGGAAUAGCUGACUCCAGUCUGGCAUGUUGCUGCCUGAACCAAGGUCAGUGUGCUGUGGCUGGAUCCCUGCUGACCCAGUAGUGGAACACUCUGCCACUGGGGCCUGGUGGAGUUGGGUGGGCCUGGGUCCCCCUGCCAUGCCACCAAAGGCCAAGAGACCUGUGUUUGUCUGCUGUCUGCCUGAGCCAAUAUAUCUGGCAAUAGACUGUCUGAUGCUCUGCCCCACUGCAUGGAUCAGAGAAACCCUCCUGAGGCCCUAGACUAUUGGUGCUCCACCCUGCCUGAGCCCCUUGACUGUUUGGUACCUUGCCCUGCCUCAGGGCCUGGGCUUAUAGACUAUUCACUACUCUCUCCUGUCUAAGGAUUUGAGCCCUAGAGACAGCUAAUUUCCCCCUUUUACAGACUGCUGUUCUAGGUAUGUGACAACAAAAAGGUGUGGCCUCUCUGGGAGAUUGACAGUGAGGGAUGGCCAUGGCCAUGCAUGCAUAUAUGCCUACAAGCCUCUGAACUCAUUUUGUUAAAUUGGUGCUGUUUUAUCAUGGAGACAAGCCCACAACUGAAAUCAACAAGAUUGAGCCCUGCUGACACUCUGGAAGACAUUCCUGUUUUAUCUGGGCCCUCUAAUCUGGCUGUACUUGCAGGGUACAUAAGGCCUAAGCAGUACAGUAAAUAGCCAUUAUGAAUAUUUAUCACUGUAAGCAGAGUCAGGAUGAGCUCUACCCUGAUAUCUGGUGGUGAAUUAUGGGAAGUGUGGAAAGAAUUUCAGGAAUUGUGAAUUCUCAGAUAUUUGCCUGGGCAUGCCCAGCAUAGCCCAAUGCAGCAUGGGAUGGUUAUUUUGACAGCUCUGGGAUCCCCAAUUUUUG